AUGAUGAGAUUCGUAUCGAAGUGCUCAAUAAGAAAAAGUUUACUGUGCCCGUCGAAAGUUACUUGCAAAUUGAAGGGUACUUGGAUAAACCUGCCGCCUGCGGCUGCUUCGGGCGAAAUGAUGCUUACCCAGAACGGACUCAUGCAUUUGUUUGAUGAGAUCCGGUACGAAGUUCACGGCAAGGAGAUUGACAAGGUUAAAAACGUCGGAGUAGUGACUACAAUCAAAGGAUUUUGUUCUUUUACUCCCAGCGAUAUCACACGGAUGCAACCGGCCGGAUGGAAACACAUCAAUGACAACCAGACCAGUCGAGACCUGAUGGACACGACAGAGUUUGUUGCACUAUCGGCUUGCAUGGGCUUUUUCGAACGGUUCCGUCGUGUUCUGAUCAACUGUACACAAUCACUUGUGCUCAUCCGAUCGAGCCGAGACAUUGAAGCCAUAGAGUUGAUACAACCGGAUGAGAGCAUGAAGACUGAAGUGAAUACCCCGGCAAACGUUGACUUACUCAAACAUACCACAGUGAAAAUUACUAAAAUCAAAUGGAUCGUGAAAUACUUUGAACCCAAUGUGAAAACAGAAUUGGGUCUAAUGCGUAUUCUGGACGGAAAGCGGUGGUUGCCUUUGGAAUAUCAACACUGGGUCAUUGCGGUGUAUCCUUUGGUACCUCAAACCACUCAUCACACAUGGUCGGUACGAACGUUUUCAAACGUUGAGAAACCACGGUAUUUGCUAAUAGCACUGGGCAAAGAACAUUCCAUACUAUCUCAGUCGGACUUUCAUCACUGUACACUGUGCAAUGUCAAGGCUUACUUGAACUCUGACGAGUAUCCGUACGAAAACUACAAUGCUGAUUUUGAAGCUGACAAACACACUUCAAUGUACAAUGCGUACACUCGUUUUCAAACAAUAUACUAUGGACGUACCAAUCCUCAACCUUUACUGGACCGUGUCCACUACAAGAAUCUUGGACCAAUCAUAGUCAUUGACUGUUCGAAACAGAAUGACACUGUUAAAUCGUCUACGGUUGACUUACGUAUAGACUUUGAAUGCGCCAAAGCUUUUCCACAAAACACUUCAUUGUACUGUGUUAUUAUACACGACUGUCAGAUGGAGUACAACGCAUUUAGUGGAGAAGUUAGGAAAUUAUAA